UGUCUAUCGCCACGCUAACUUAUCGUCUGCGGUACCACCGGAAGAGCGACGUCGUUGUCUUUGUCGGGUCCCUCCCAGCUUGUUAAAUUAGGGGAAAUAGCAGGAAAAAAGUCCCUGCUGGCUGGUUUGUUGGCGCAGCAGAUCCCCUACAGACUGGUUUACUUACCACUUUCCUCUUCCUCUUCCUCUUUUUCUCGCUCUUCACUCCUCUCUACUCUAUUAUACUGGGGUUUCUUCGUAUUCGCUUUUUCUCUUGCUCAAGACCAAACUUGAUCAACUUCCUUUGAAACCUAAAAAACGGCCGCAAGCUCUCUUUUUGUCGGCUGGAACACGCCCGCAACAAAGACAUCGGCCGGUCGCUUCGAGUGUCUAUCGGCUUCGCCGCGCGCCAGCCUUCACCACCUUGGUCGCAAAACUCGCCGCCGUCCUUUGUUCGCGGCCCUUGAUGUCCCGUACUCAUGCGCCUCUUUAGCAAGUUCCACGCCGUCUGCGCCUUGGCGAUAUGCAGCAUCCUGCUUUCUGCCUCGUUCCUCGCCUCGCAGCACUAUUAUCGUCGGGUCGUUGCCGAUGAGCCAUCGGUCAAGCUUCGCCCGGCAGCAUCGUUUGACCGCCGUCUAGUUGUCUUUGGGGAUUCUUGGAGCGACGACAAUGCCGCUGAGAUCCAAGGGUCCGUUUGGACCGAAUGGCUGUGCUCCUCGUUUUCAUGUCACCAUGAGAACCUGGCCGAGACCGCCAAGUCUUACAGUGGAAAUUACUUUGGCUCGGUCGUGGAUAACUCACAGCUAUCGGGCUCUUUACUCAACCUAUACAAGUCUCCCCUGGCCGACCUGAAAGCCCAGGUCAGCAAUUGGUUGGCAGCCGAGACAGAAGUCAUGCAGGCGAUGAACGCAGAAGCGAUCGGCACCCGUCAAAAUCGGACCAUUGUCAUCCUUUCCUUUGGCGUGUGGGACCUGUGGAAUGUUGUGGGCAAGACGUACAAAGAAGCGACCCAAUCGAUCGACAAUACGCUGGACGUGAUCAUGGAUCAGCUCAAUCUGCUGGCGGAGCUCUGGGGCCACAACGAUUUGAAACUUAUCCUGACCUUGGCCCCGGAUGUGACCUUCUUGCCUGCAUUCCGGGUCCAGGCCGAACAACACCAGGCGAAACAGAAAGACGCGAUCAGCAUGUCCGACUAUUGGAACCAACACCUGCGACAAAGAGCGGAUGGCUGGGGCAAUGGCACGAUCUAUUUGUUCGAUACGAAUGCUUUCCUGGCCGACCAGAUCCGCGACUGGCAGCUCUUCGUUGCUGGGAUCGAGGAGACCAAUGGAUUGGGCAAGAACGAAGACCCCGGCUGGGAAAACGUAGAAGACGCAUGCGUCCAGAGCAGCCAGCAAUGGAUGGUGACAUCAGAGACGAAGAAGUGUGACCGUCCGGAGAAGUUUUUGUUUUGGUAAGAACAAGGCAUUAUGCUUGGCGCUCAUGACUCGACUGGAAAGGCUGACCUCUCUCCCUUCAGGAACGAGAUGCAUUUGGGACCG